UACAAAUUAAGGCACGCACCAUAGUUUUGUUCAAAGAAAGAAAGACCUGUCGACGCCUCGACAAAGUUGAGUCCGCAUCACAUCAGCCACUAGGAAGAGGUAGAAUCGAAAGAGUGCUGGAAUGGGAGGCAUUUUCAUCUUUAAUCCAUCAUUUUUCCUCCCAAUCACGCAAUCGCUCAAUGGAUCCCGUCACCCUCUUCCUGCGCAGAUAUCUUCUUGACAGUGGCUCACAGUGGGUCGCCACCCUUGGAAAGAGCCGAUCCUACCCGCCCAGAACACCCUCAGCCUUGAGGGAUCAUGUUUUUCUUACUCAAUAAGCGCAACCUCGAAUGGUAUUUUCUCCCUUCCACGCGAGACGAAUUUCUACCAAGAAUGGCGCGAUCUCAAUUCGUGACCACCGAAACUUCCUCCCGCGCCUGUAGGACAGCUAAUCGCAGACCGCUGGGGUGAUCGUCGGCCCACUCAGACGACACAUAGCACCGCCCACACGUCUGGAAAGUUUAUGGAGACAACCACGCCUCCUCUCUACCUCGAGGCUAGCAUCAAAAUUUUCUUGUCAAUGCGACGUCAAAAGAUGGCGAGACCCGUGGGGUUCAACCCAUCCAGAUCUUACGAUGGCUUCGACUCAGAGGCGACGUCCGAUGGAAUUGAUAAAUAUUCCCAGCCAGCCGACAGGAGUUGAGCACACGCUUGAUUCUCACAGACUCUACAAGCAGUACCACUGGUAACAUUGCAAUUACAGAUCUCAGCCAUGUUGAGCAGGCUUCAUUCUUACCUCACCAAGCGCACACUCGCGGCUCCAAGUUCUCAAAGUGCGAAAAUCGAGACGUCCGUAGAUAUUGAAUCGGCCAGCAAAAAUGAAUCGUCUGACCUUGUUCAUGUUCUUACGGAGACGAAGCGUCAGAUUGGUGUCGUCAGUGCCUUUUUCCUCAUCUUCAACCGCAUGGUUGGAACCGGGAUCUUCGCAACCCCGAGCACGAUAUUCUCUCUGUCCGGCAGCGUUGGUCUUAGCCUCUUCAUUUGGGUUGCUGGCAUGAUCAUCGCCAUGUGCGGCAUGGCAGUAUAUCUGGAAUUUGGCACCGCUAUCCCCAAAAAUGGCGGCGAGAAGAACUACUUGGAGUUUGUCUACAGACAUCCCAAAUACCUGGCCACAGGAUUCUACACCGGAUAUGUUGUCCUUCUAGGCUGGGCAGGAUCUAACUCGGUCAUUUUUGGAGAGUACAUUCUCCACGCUGCCGAGGUCGAGGUCACCAGGUGGAAUCAGCGAGGUGUUGGGCUGGCCUGCAUCACAGCCGCAUUUCUCAUACACGGAUGUGCACUCAAAUGGGGGUUGAGGUUGCAGAACCUUCUCGGCAUCAUCAAGCUGAUUAUUGUGCUACUCAUUGUCGUGUCUGGCUGGGCUGCUCUCGGUGGCGCUCUCAAGGUGCCGAAGCCGCACAACUUUGACAAUGCAUUUGAAGGGACCACUGGCAGCGCAUAUGGCGUUGUCACGGCCUUAUACAAUGUGAUUUGGAGCUACAUCGGAUAUAGCAAUGCGAAUUACGCGUUGAGCGAGACUAAGAACCCAAUACGCACCCUCAAGAUUGCGGCGCCGGCGGCAAUUAUAUUCGUGUCGAUCAUUUACAUGCUCGUCAAUAUUGCUUACUUUGCUGCCGUUCCCAAAGAAGAGAUUAUAUCUUCUGGCCGUAUUCUCGCGGCAUCCUUCUUUCGAAAUGUCUUUGGAAAGCGAGCAGAGCGGGCGCUUUCAGUGUUUGUUGCCCUGUCCGCCUUUGGGAAUGUUCUCAGCGUCAUCUUUUCUCAAGGUCGUCUUGUCCAAGAGCUUGGGCGUGAGGGAAUCCUUCCCUUCUCCCGUGUGUGGGCAAGUAACAAGCCCUUCAAUGCGCCUCUUGCUGGAUUAUUCGAGCACUGGUGUGUCUCAGUGAUAAUCAUGCUUGCACCUCCUCCUGGAGAUGCAUACAAUUUCAUCUUGAAUGUCAUCUCGUACCCAUUGUCUAUCGUCAAUGCCUUUGUCGCAGCUGGACUUCUAUAUCUCUAUGUCAAACCCCAGCGUUGGGAAUGGUCACCGCCUAUCCGCGCAACAUGGCCGGUGACGCUACUUUUCUUCCUCAGCAACCUGUACCUCAUCGCAGCUCCGUUUGUUCCGCCCAGCAAAGGCCAAAACGUGUACAAGGAUCUCCCGUACUACCUGCAUUGUGUAGUAGGCAUGGGCAUCAUUGCCGCGGGAGGGGUGUAUUGGCUCAUCUGGGCUGUCCUGUUGCCGCGACUUGGCAAGUACGAGCUUGUGAGAGAAGUCGAAGUCAGUCCGCUGGACGGAUGGGAGAGGAACGUGUUUUCAAGACGCAAGCUCGCUGGAGACGCAAAGUCUAGACGCAGUGCGAGCUUGGCCACAUCUUGAAUGGGAAUGAACAAAUAUACCAGGCUGUUACUAACCCUAACCCUACUACUUCUUAUGUAUCUUCUUAUGUGUAUCUAUGACUAGUAUUAGUACUAUGUACUACUCAGUAUUAGCUAAUAUUGGUGUUAACAAUUCUAUCAAGCUUCGGCUAUUU